GGAGCUGACAGAAGAGGAAGCACCAGACUCAUAAGGUGUGUCUGCCACAAGCGUCCAGAGAGCUAUAAGGAGCUGAAGAAUCUCCAGCCUCUCUGAGCCAAGGCCUCCAGGGAGCAAAGUGGACAUGCUGGGCCAGUGCACUCUGCUACCUGUCCUAGCUGGGCUGCUGUCUCUGGAAUCUGCACUGUCUCAGUUGUGUACCAAGGACAAUGUGAGCACCUGUCAGGACUGUAUCCGGUCAGGGCCCAGCUGUGCCUGGUGCCAGAAGCUGAACUUCACAGGGCGAGGGGAGCCCGACUCAGUUCGCUGUGAUACACCAGAGCAACUGUUGCUAAAAGGCUGCACAUCUGAGUACCUCGUGGACCCCAAGAGUCUUGCUGAAUCCCAGGAAGACAAGGAGAGGGACCAGAGGCAGCUGUCUCCACGAAAUGUGACAGUUUUCUUAAGACCGGGUCAAGCGGCAACAUUCAAAGUGGACUUCCAGCGGACCCAGGACAACUCUGUUGACCUGUACUUCCUGAUGGGCCUCUCUGGCUCUGCGCAAGGCCACCUCUCCAAUGUCCAGACACUGGGCAGUGACCUGCUCAAAGCCCUCAAUGAGAUCUCCAGGUCAGGCCGAAUCGGCUUUGGAUCCAUUGUGAACAUGACCUUCCAGCACAUCCUGAAGCUGACUGCGGACUCCAGCCAAUUUCAGAGGGAGCUGAGGAAGCAACUGGUUUCUGGAAAGCUGGCUACCCCCAAGGGACAGCUGGAUGCUGUGGUUCAAGUUGCCAUAUGCCUGGGAGAAAUCGGCUGGCGCAAUGGGACCCGAUUUCUGGUGCUUGUUACUGACAACGAUUUCCACUUGGCUAAAGACAAGACUCUGGGUACCAGACAGAACACCAGCGAUGGUCGCUGUCACCUGGACGACGGCAUGUACAGGAGCAGGGGAGAACCUGACUACCAGUCAGUGGUCCAGCUGGCAAGCAAACUGGCUGAAAACAACAUCCAGCCCAUCUUCGUGGUGCCCUCAAGGAUGGUGAAAACCUAUGAGAAACUUACCACAUUCAUCCCCAAGCUGACCAUUGGGGAGCUGUCAGAUGACUCCAGCAACGUGGCACAGCUCAUCAGGAACGCCUACAGUAAACUCUCCUCCAUUGUUGUGCUGAACCACAGCACCAUCCCCAGCAUCCUGAAAGUUACCUACGACUCCUACUGCAGCAAUGGAACAUCAAAUCCAGGCAAACCCAGCGGGGACUGCAGUGGUGUACAGAUCAAUGACCAGGUCACCUUCCAGGUUAACAUCACAGCUUCAGAGUGCUUCCGGGAGCAGUUCUUUUUCAUCCAGGCACUGGGCUUCAUGGAUUCAGUGACCGUGCGGGUCCUUCCCCUGUGUGAGUGCCAGUGCCAGGAGCAGAGUCAACACCACAGCCUCUGUGGAGGCAAGGGAGCCAUGGAGUGUGGCAUCUGCAGGUGCAACUCUGGCUACGCUGGGAAAAACUGUGAGUGCCAGACACAGGGCCCGAGCAGCCAGGAUCUGGAGGGAAGCUGCCGGAAGGACAAUAGUUCCAUCAUGUGCUCGGGGCUGGGAGACUGUAUCUGUGGGCAGUGUGAGUGCCACACCAGUGACAUCCCCAACAAAGAGAUCUAUGGGCAAUACUGCGAGUGCAACAAUGUCAACUGUGAGAGAUAUGAUGGCCAAGUCUGCGGUGGCCCAGAAAGAGGCCACUGCUCCUGUGGCCGAUGCUUUUGUCGUUACGGCUUCGUGGGCUCAGCCUGCCAGUGCCGGAUGUCCACUUCAGGCUGUCUGAACAACAGGAUGGUGGAGUGCAGUGGCCAUGGUCGAUGCUACUGUAACAGAUGCCUCUGUGACCCGGGCUACCAGCCACCACUGUGUGAGAAGCGUCCUGGCUAUUUCCAUCGCUGCUCCGAGUACUACUCCUGUGCCAGGUGCUUGAAAGACAACAGUGCAAUAAAAUGCAGAGAGUGUUGGAAUCUGCUGUUUUCCAACACCCCCUUCAGUAACAAGACCUGCAUGACUGAACGGGACUCAGAGGGCUGUUGGACAACCUACACUCUAUAUCAGCCAGACCAGAGUGACAUCAAUUCCAUCUACAUAAAGGAGAGCCUAGUGUGUGCAGAAAUCUCCAAUACCACCAUCCUACUGGGCGUUAUAGUGGGCGUCUUGCUGGCUGUUAUCUUCCUGCUGGUUUACUGUAUGGUUUACCUGAAGGGAACCCAGAAGGCUGCCAAGCUCCCCAGAAAGGGUGGGGCUCAAAGCACACUGGCACAGCGUAAGUGGCUAGGCUGUGUGAGCCUACACCUUCCUGCCCUUUGUGACUUCUCACACUGUGGGUUGUGGCUGUUUCUGAAGUUCUGCAUACACCCUGCCCCAGCAGCUCAGCUGAGUGUGCAUACUAUGAAAUCUCUACCCUUAAUAUCUAAUACCUUCCACUUCUGUCUUGGUCCUCAAAGUAACGUCUUUAAACUGGACAUCCCCAGAAGGCAGCCCCAGAAGCCCUCCCUGUACUAACAAGGACAUGUUUGUUUUCUCCCUGGAAGAGCCUCAUUUCCAAGAACCCCACCAUGUGGAGCCAGUGUGGAAUCAAGAGAGACAGGGUACCCAAUGAAGGUGAGGCACCAAGACCAACUGGAUGGGACCAGCAAACCAUGCUUCCUCCACCCUAUGACCAAUCAGGACAUGACUUACACUCACCACAGAAGCAGCAGCACAACAAAAGGUGUUAUAGUAUUUCUUUCCACAAUGGCCAACCUGCCAGGUCUUCUGUGGACUUCUUUCUAGGGACAGCAUCUCUAGGGACAGCAUCCCUUUCUGGCCCAUGCAGUCAUUCAUAAAGCUUGAGAAAGAAACUUCCUAAGUCUUAGAAGUUCAGACACAUGUUUUUCUGUGUAAAAAUUAAGAAACAAGUUCAAUUAAAUGUAGCGAUAAUUUAUAUGUUAAA